AUGACCCGGAGGUCAGGAACAGCCUUGGAGCAGACGGGAUCACCCCUCAUCCCCGGGGCCAGAGCAGCCGCAGUCCUCACUCCAGCAGCGUCGCACAGCGAGCCCGACGGGAUGGUCCAUGGCCAAGGAGGAUUCAGGUUCCAGAACUGGGCCAAGACUUAUGGCUGCUCUCCAGAGUUGUACUUCCAGCCCACUUCAGUGGAGGAGAUCCGGGAGAUCCUGGAUAUGGCCAGGCAGCGGAACAAGAGGGUCAAGGUGGUGGGGGGAGGUCACUCUCCUUCGGACAUCGCCUGCACUGAUGACUUCAUGAUUCAGAUGGGGAAGAUGAACCAGGUCCUCAAGGUGGACAAGGAGAAGCAACAAGUGACAGUGGAAGGUGGGAUUCUCCUCUCAGAUCUGAAUGUGGAGCUGAGCAAGCAUGGGCUGGCCCUGGCCAACUUAGGAGCCGUUUCUGAGGUGACAGCCGCUGGUAUGAUUGGGACAGGGACUCACAACACUGGGAUCAAGCAUGGCAUCCUCCCCACCCAGGUGGUAGCACUCACACUGCUGACAGCCUCGGGGGACAUCCUGGCGUGCUCGGAGGCCAUCAACGCGGACGUCUUCCAGGCUGCCCGGCUGCACCUCGGCUGCCUGGGCAUCGUGCUGACAGUCACCUUCCAGUGUGUGCCUCAGUUCUACCUGCAUGAGGUGGCCUUCCCCUCCACCCUUACUGAGGUCCUCGAUCACCUCGAUGACCACCUGAAGAGAUCCCAAUACAUGAGGUUCCUCUGGUUCCCUCACAGUGAGAAUGUCAGCAUCAUCUACCAGGAUCACACCACCAAGCCUCCCUCUUCCUCCUCCAGCUGGCUGUGGGAUUAUGCUGUUGGCUAUUAUUUGCUGGAGUUUCUGCUGUGGAUCAGCACCUUUGUGCCCAGCUUGGUGUGCUGGAUCAACCGCUGCUUCUUCUGGCUGCUCUUCAGCUCUCGGGUGGAGAACAUUGCCCUCAGCUACAAGAUCUUCAACUACGAGUGUCGCUUCAAGCAGCACGUUCAAGACUGGGCCAUCCCCAUUGAGAAGACAAAGGAAGCCCUGCUGGAGCUGAAGGCUGCCCUGGAGAACAACCCCAAGCUGGUGGCUCACUACCCGGUGGAGGUGCGCUUCGCUCGAGGGGAUGAGAUCUGGAUGAGUCCCUGCUUCCAGAGAGACAGCUGCUACAUGAACAUCAUCAUGUACAGGCCCUAUGGGAAGAAUGUCCCUCACCUCAACUACUGGCUGACCUAUGAGGGCAUCAUGAAGAAGCAUGGUGGAAGACCACACUGGGCAAAGGCCCACAGCUGCACCCAGAAGGACUUUGAGAGGAUGUAUCCAGCCUUCCCCAGGUUCUGCUCCGUGCGGGAGCAGCUGGACCCCACGGGAAUGUUCCUGAACGCCUACCUGGAGAAGGUCUUCUACUGA